GGCGGUAAACUGGGUCCGCGUGGCCCCGUUGCCAAGAUGAAGGUGAAGAUGCUGAGCAGGAAUCCGGACGACUAUGUCCGCGAGACCAAGUUGGACUUACAGAGAGUCCCCAGAAACUACGACCCAGCCUUACAUCCUUUUGAGGUCCCACGCGAAUAUGUCAGAGCACUAAAUGCCACCAAGUUGGAACGGGUGUUCGCCAAACCAUUCCUUGCUUCUCUGGAUGGACACCGAGAUGGAGUCAACUGCUUAGCAAAGCACCCCAAAAGCCUGGCUACCGUCCUUUCGGGAGCUUGCGAUGGAGAGGCAAGUAUUUGGAACUUGACUAAACGGACAUGUAUUCGUACAGUACAAGCACAUGAAGGUUUUGUGCGAGGAAUAUGUACUCGAUUUUGUGGGUCUUCUUUUUUUACGGUUGGUGAUGACAAAACUGUGAAGCAAUGGAAGAUGGAUGGGCCUGACUCUGGAGAAGAAGAUGAACCAUUACAUACAAUAUUAGGAAAGACUGUUUACACAGGAAUUGACCAUCACUGGAAAGAUGCCAUUUUUGCCACGUGUGGGCAGCAAGUGGACAUUUGGGACGAGCACAGAACGAAUCCUGUUUGUUCAAUGACCUGGGGAUUUGACAGUAUAAGUAGUGUCAAAUUCAACCCAAUUGAGACAUUUCUCUUGGGAAGUUGUGCCUCUGACAGGAAUAUAGUAUUAUAUGACAUGAGGCAAGCGACUCCACUGAAAAAGGUCAUCUUAGAUAUGAGAACAAACACAAUUUGUUGGAACCCUAUGGAAGCUUUUGUUUUCACUGCAGCAAAUGAAGAUUACAACCUGUAUACUUUUGACAUGCGUGCCCUGGACUCUCCCAUGAUGGUGCACAUGGACCACGUGUCUGCCGUGCUGGAUGUGGAUUACUCACCCACCGGGAAGGACUUUGUGUCUGCGAGUUUUGAUAAAUCCAUCCGCAUCUUCCCAGUGGAUAAAAGUCGGAGCAGGGAAGUCUACCACACAAAGAGAAUGCAGCAUGUCAUCUGUGUCAAGUGGACCUCUGACAGCAAGUACAUCAUGUGUGGCUCCGAUGAGAUGAACAUUCGCCUAUGGAAAGCCAAUGCUUCAGAAAAACUGGGAGUGCUCACGUCACGAGAAAAAGCAGCCCAAGACUAUAACCAAAAGCUAAAGGAGAAAUUUCAGCACUAUCCUCAAAUAAAACGGAUCGCCCGGCACCGACACCUCCCCAAAUCCAUCUACAGCCAGAUCCAGGAGCAGCGGGUGAUGAAGGAGGCUCGGCGUAGGAAGGAGGUGAAUCGUCGCAAACAUAGCAAGCCAGGAUCGGUGCCAAUUGUGUCAGAGAAGAAGAAGCACAUCGUGGCAGUCGUAAAAUAAGAUCUCUCUCUAUUGUGUGACUGUUUCUUACUUGAGGUACAUGCACUCUACAAAUAAAAGUGCCACCUCUCCCCCUGUAUGAAUAGAGCUUCAAUGCAGCUCAUUUUAGCCACCUGGAAAAAUCAUGAAAGGUGUGAAUUUUAUGGAAAAGUCCUGGAAGUUUGGUGGGCUGUUGUUACCAAAGUGUUAUCCUUGGUUUGUUUUCUUAUUUCAUUGAAGAGAAUGGGAUUUGCUAGCUCAAUUUUGGCUCUUAGAUAUUGCAGAGAAUGGGGCUGGCGCGGUAGUAUACAGCAGGUUGGGUUCUUGCCUUGCACGUAUCUGACCCUGAUUAGAUCCCCAGCACCCAAUGUGGUCCCCCAGCCUGCUGGAAUGAUCCCUGUGCACAGAGACAAGAGUAAGUCUUGAGCACUGCCGGUGUGGCCCCAAAACACAACAAACAAAACAGAAAUUGCAGAGAUCACUUGGACAUAGAGUAUGGGAGCUUUGAGAAAAUCAUGGUCACAAGUUAAAACCCCUGGUGUCCCAGUGCGCCAAGCACCCAGUUUCUGCGUUCACCUCUGCAGAAAACCAUUUCCGGCCACUCUACAGCUGGUUGUGGGUGAGCACUACAUCAAAGGAUAUCGCCCAGCAUCACUGCAAUCAGUAAAACGGAAACGCUAUACAUGAGAUUCAUCGAAGAGUAAACCUUGGUGUGCACUGUGGCAAGUGAGCAUCACAGCAAAAAAUGGAGGAGCACUCCAGCAAUCAAAGGAAAAGUAAGGGGUGUUGGGGAGACAGUGAGGCAGACUUUAUUGAGACCUCAGGUGCUUGAAUUGUCUUUAAGAGCAAACAUUAGCUUUAACAUUGUUCUGAAUGCUUGUCAUGUGCAAUGAUUCUGCUGGUAACUAUAUGUAACACAUAGAGAAUUAUGUCAGGUCUUUAGUUAAUUAAAUUAGUUUCCCAUGAUUAUUGGUCUCUUUGCCUUUGAGCAAAAGGAUCAGCCUCCCUUUGUAUCACAUAAUUUUUAUAACUAUCAUUAUAAUUUAUGGUCAAGAUAAUAAACCCUCAUUUUUCUCUGCA